ACCCGACCGAUACGCACCGAGGUCGUGCCAGUCCUGGGCCGGGCGCGACUGCAUUACGCACCGAAGACCUAAAACAUGAGUAAGCAGGGCUCCUAUCGAGGAAGUAACCUGCAGAAAGAGCAUCAAAUUGCCCGUACGUGGGGUCGACUUCACGCGUUUUAAUCCGUCAGCCGCCAGAAUGCCGCCGCAGAGAAUAUUCGCUCUCCCGAGGCAGCAAUCGCUGCUUCUGCCCGCCGUCAUUAAUCCAUUCGUGCAGGAGACGAAAUUGAGCAAGGCCGAUAUAAUAAAAUGUGUCCUCCUUGGUAUCUUCCUGGUGCCUAUCCGAGGGAUCCUCCUGUCCUUGGUGCUGAUGAUCACCUGGCCCGUGGCCGUGAUCACCACCUUCAAGCACCCCCUGAAAGGCUCGGUGGAGCCCAUGACGGGCUGGAGAAGGUUCAUGUGCCGGCGGGUGAUGGCUCCGCUGGGCCGGGCCUACUACUUCGCCAUGGGCUUCCGGGUGGUGGUGAAGGGGAAGCAGGUGAGCAGCCGGGAGGCCCCCAUCCUGGCCGUGGCCCCCCACUCCACCUUCUUCGACGGGAUCGUCUGCAUCGUGGCCGGCCUGCCCUCCACCGUGUCCCGCGUGGAGAACCUGGCCACGCCCAUCUUUGGCCGGUGUGUGCGUUGUCUCCAGCCGGUCCUGGUAUCCAGAGAGCGCACUGAUUCCAGGAAGAACACCAUCCGAGAGAUCGAGAAGAGGGCCAAGUCAGAAGGUGUCUGGCCCCAGGUUCUGAUAUUUCCAGAAGGAACCUGCACAAAUCGCUCUUGCCUCAUCACCUUUAAACUGGGGGCCUUCAUCCCUGGGGUCCCUGUGCAGCCUGUGAUCAUGAGAUACCCCAAUAAGCUGGACACAGUGACCUGGACUUGGCAAGGCUUCAGCUCGAAGACCUUGCUUCUUCUGACGCUGUGUCAGUUGUACACCACUGUGGAGAUCGAGUUCCUUCCUCCCCAGAUCCCCACAGAGGAAGAGAAAAAGAGUGCGCCCCUGUUUGCCAGCACAGUGCGCAGAGUGAUGGCCGAGGCCCUGGGCGUCCCGGUCACCGACCACACGUAUGAGGACUGCCGGCUGAUGAUCUCCGCCGGGGAGCUGACUCUGCCCAUGGAGGCCGGCCUGGUGGAGUUCACCAAGAUUAGCCGCAAGCUCAACCUGAAGUGGGAGAACGUGCAGAAGGAGCUGGAGGGCUUCGCCGUCAUGGCCAGCUCCUGUAAAGGGGGCCGCAUCUCCAUCCAGGAGUUUGCCCGCUUCCUAAAGCUGCCCAUCACCCCGGCGCUGGAGGAGCUGUUCGCUCUGUUCGACCGGGACGGUGACGGCACCAUCGACUUCAGGGAGUACGUCAUCGGCGUGACCAUGCUCUGCCGCCCGGCCAACACGGAGGACGUUCUCCGCAUGGCCUUCAAGCUGUUCGACACGGACGAGGACCAGCGAAUCACGCGGCUGGAGUUCUCAGCGCUGUUGCGUUCGGCGCUGGGAGUGUCCGACCUGAACAUGACCAAGCUCUUCAAAGAGAUCGACGCCGACGCCUCGGGAUUCAUCACGUUCGCGGAGUUCGAGGCGUUCGCCCUGACACACCCGGAGUACGCCAAGCUGUUCACCACCUACCUGGAGCUGCAGCGCUACCAGGCCCUAAAGGUCUCCGGGGACGAGGGGCCCGAGUGGCCCCUGGAGGAGGGCCUCCUCCAGGGGCCCGGCCCGGCCGACCAGGGCUCCGACAGCGCCUCGGACAAGAAAGACGACUGAGCUCGGAAACUCUGGGACUCUGGAGAACCCAACGCGUGACAUCGCUCACCGACGAGUCACACGCAGACAUGCACAUUUACACGCACAGACGCACAUACCCCCCCCCACACACACACACACACACACACAAACACGCACACACCAAACCGGUCCCUUUGCACUAAUUCAUUCUUGACAUUUUAGCUUUUGUAAAAACGUUUCGGGACGACUGGGAUGGCGUGAACACAGAGAGGCCAAGUGGACGGUCGCUCGCACAUCCUGGGGGGAUGUCACGCACUGCUCUUUCUUAAGUGUUUCCAGAGCGAGAGUCUCUGUAUCCUCAUUUGUUUUUGUAGUGCCUUUGAGAGAUUAGUCCGAGCCACUGCCCAACGAGCAGCUCUCUCCAGAGGGCUCCACGUGGGCUUUUUAUUUCUCCCUCACUAAGAGAACACCACUUCAAUGGGGAGAGGAUGGUAGAGGUGACACAAUAAUAAUAAUAAUGAUGAUGAUAGCAUGUAUUCAUGCUAUCAUGAUAGCAUGUAUUCAUGCUAUCAUGCUACAUUCAGGCUAGGGGUGUCCUGAGUGUGUGUGUGUUUGUGUGUGUGUGUGUGUGUGUGUGUGUGUGUGUGUGUGUGUGUGUGUGUGUGUGUGUGUGUGUGUGUGUGUGUGUGUGUG